CCCAGAGAGGACUCCGUUCUAUCACUUACAGAAAAUUAUCUAAAUAAUAUUCUGUUAAAAAAACCGAAAGCGACAUUUAAGCUGAGCCGGUUGAAAUUACAUUUUAUUCUUUGAGGGAACGUCACCGGAUAUCAUACAAUAUAAAAUUCACAUUUCCAUUGCAGAAUCACGAUAUUUUAUAAACUCAUAGUACGCUACAAUACUUAAUUUUUACCAGAUAGAUUCUAUUUAAAACACCUUUGCCAUGGACGCAAUUCUGGACAACUUCAACUCGGAGAAACUUUUCCCCAAUUCCAACCUGUUGGACCUUGAGGAUUUGAAUGAAACAGAUUUUCUCACCAAUGUGCACUUCUCAGAGCACAUGGAGGACUUCUCCAACGAGCUCUUCAGCAGCUUCUUCGACGAGCACCUCCUGGCGGAGAGGAACCCGCUGAUGGACAUGGAGCUGGAGCCGGCCAACCCCGACAUCCAGGCCGAGCACAGCUACUCUCUGAGCGAGGACUCCGCCCCGCAGAGCCCCUCCGUGCCUAUCAAGAUGGACGAGGAGGCUGAGUCAGAAGGGAUGUGGUCUUUCAGCCAAGACCUGACCGCCAUCUUGGUGAAGCAGGAACCCAACCUGCUGGUGGAGUCAGCACCCUCCCCUGCCCCCCAGCCUCUCAACCUGGCCCCUCCACCACGCCGGCGUUCACCAGAAAAUCUGGCUUCUAAAGACCUGAACCUGGUUCCUUCCAUAAAAGCCGAGCCCAGCGAUGUCAACCAGUUCCUCAAUGUCCCGUCAGAGGAGCAGCUGCAGCUCCCUCCCACCCCCCCCAGCAGCCACGGGAGUGACAGCGAUGGGUCCCAAAGCCCCCACUCCCUGCCCCCGUCCAGUCCCGCCCGCCUGCAGCCCCGAACCUCCACCGCCAUCUCCUCCUCGCCCCUCCUCACCGCUCCCCAUAAGCUCCAGGGCACCUCGGGCCCCCUGAUGCUGACUGAGGAGGAGAAGCGCACCCUCAUCGCAGAGGGCUACCCCGUGCCCAACAAGCUGCCUCUCACCAAGACGGAAGAGAAGGCGCUCAAGAGAGUCCGCCGCAAGAUAAAGAACAAGAUCUCAGCCCAGGAGAGCCGUAGGAAGAAGAAGGAGUACGUGGAAUGCCUGGAGAAAAAGGUCGAGUCCUACACGUCUGAGAACAAUGAGCUUUGGAAGAAGGUGGAGACCCUGGAGAGUGCCAACAGGUCUCUGCUGCAGCAGCUUCACAAACUCCAGGCUCUGGUUGCUGGGAAAGUUCCCCGUUCCUGCAAGAUGGCCUCCACUCAAACAGGGGCCUGCCUGAUGGUGGUGGCGCUGUGCUUUGUCCUGGUGCUGGGCUCCUUCGUGCCCUGCCUGCCCGAGUUCUCCUCCCCGUCCCACACCGUGCGGUCGUCGCCCCUCCCCUCGGCCGACGUCUACACCGCUAGUCAGAUCCGCUCCCGCAGCCUCCUCUUCUAUGACGAGGGCUCCUUGCUGGACGACGGCUAUGGCGGCUUCCUAAAGGUGGAGGAGGCCAACGGCUGGGAGGGGGGGCCGCGCGACUUCGUCGAGGGGGGGGCGGCCAAGGACGCGCAGGAGGAACACGAGACCAGCAAGUACCUGAGCAAGGCCCACGCGGACGGACUGGACUUCAACAGGACCGGCGCCGAGUUCCUCCACGAAAAAGAGCAGUAUCACAAAAGAGAGGCGAAUCCUGACGGCGGUGCGGAGUACUUCUAACCGCUCCAGCGGGAGCUGCCGAGCUAGCGCAGCGUUCCUCGGACUCCUGAUCCCAGUGGAGGCCUCCCGCGCCAGUACCAUGGUGCCCCCUCCCAGUGCCCCUCUGGCCCUUCCCCCGCACCUCUCUCCCACACCCAGCCCAGAGAUACACACCACGGGAGAGAGGGAGGGGGAGGAGAGGUGUGCCAGCCCAGCCUCAACCCCCCUAAUCCCCCCCCCGAAAAACACACAGUAGAACUCCCAGCAAUUAUGCUUUUGUAUUCCUAAUUUUCUCUCUGUUUCUGUAAAAUGAAAGGAAAGCCAGAGCGGAUGGUAGCUGAUUUUUUUUGGGUCG